UGAGAAAGCGCAAGUGUUUGCAAGUUUCGUGUGCCGGGUUCAGGAAGAACUCGAUAUAUAUCUCGGAAGUCUGAGCAGCUAAACGUUGCUUUCGAGAUUUUCUGGGGAAACGAGAAGAGAAUGCAGUCACCUUUUGUUAUCGUUGCAUAACGAACCGGUUAGACGAUGCAGUCUGCGAAGGGUACGAAUUACGCGAUGACGUCCGCCACCUACGGCCUACGGUUUCUCGUGGUGGUUUUUAUGAUCGCGGCUGCGGCAACCUUUUUACACGUUAAUAAUUACAGGCCCAAGCAAACAUUCCUCUCCUGCGAAAGACCAUGCCACCAUUUGGAUUGGCCGAUGAUUUGCCGAGUGAAACUCACUCUUGAGGUUUUCCAGUCUCUCAGCAAGUCGUGUGGCGAUUGCCCGAAGAAUGAAACCGCGUGCCUCUCGAAUCAUUGCGUAUCGGCUGAUGGACACCGACGCGGCAUUUUGACGGCCAAUCGGCAAUUACCUGGCCCAACUAUACAGGUUUGCGAAAACGACAUCUUGGUUGUGGACGUGAUCAAUCGGCUUCCGGGUAAAGCAGCCGCCAUGCAUUGGCGCGGUCAAUCGCAGAUUGAGUCACCGUACAUGGACGGCGCGCCGCUGAUCACGCAGUGCCCGAUACCGAGCUACACUACUUUCCAGUAUAAAUUCCGUGCUUCCGCCGCCGGAACGCAUCUUUGGCACGCCCACGCUGGUGCGGACAUUACGAACGGAAUUUUUGGUGCUCUGAUCGUGAAACAGGCGGACAUCAGGGAGCCCCAUCGUUCGCACUUCGACAUCGAUGACCCGAAACACGUGAUCCUGGUGACCCACUGGCAGCACACAGCCGAGACCACGUUCAACCAAGGUUACUCGAAACCAGCGACGCUUCUGAUCAACGGGAGAGGUCGUCAGCCAAACGGACCGGGUGUUCCGCUCACGACGUUCACCGUCGUUCCGGGCCGUCGUCAUAGGUUCCGUUUUAAUAAUAAUAAUAUAAAAAUACAUAAAAAGACCUUUACAAUAUGUACAAUAUGAGCACACCCAAUAUUACUUAACGCAUCCAACUAUAGAACUAUAGAAUUAUGGAACAACUGUACCGAUGUUUUCCUUACAGGUGAACGGGCAGACUUUGUUUUAAAGGCGAACAAACGCGUCGCUUCUUAUUGGUUGAACGUGCACACGUCGAAGGAGUGCGGUCCGAAUUCUAUAAACGGCGCCGCCAUUUUGAAGUACAAGGGCAGUCCGAGCGAAGAGCCGUUGUCUGGAUCAGAAAUAGUUGAUCAGGUCGAUGAGGAACUGACAGCGGCGAAACGUUUCGCCGUGACGACGAAUCCUGCCGAGAAAUGCGGAAAUCCCGAGAGCCUCUGCGUCACGGACUUGAAGGCGUUGCGGAAAAUGCCUCAUCCUCUCUCGUUAACGAAGAUGGAUGUCACGAUACACUUGCCUCUAAAUUACAAGCUCCAAACGAAUUAUAUAAUCGGCGACGGCGGUGCUGAAACAAGAGUACUUAACGUGAACAACGUUACCUUCACGUAUCCGUCGUCGCCCCUGUUGACGCAAGGUGCUUACGUCUCCGAAGAAAAUCUGUGCAUUUUCGAAGACAACAGUGACGCUCAGAACGAGAACAAAGAAACGGCAUCGUUGUCGUCGCAACGGUGCAGGCACGGUAUUGGUAACGUGGCGAACACCUGCGAGUGCGUUCACGUGAGGCGUGUACCACUCGGAGCGACCGUGGAGAUGAUUUUACUCGAUCAAGGUGGCAUCGACGAUUUAGUGUACCAUUUACAUGGAAACAAUUUCUACGUGGUUGGCGCGAGGAAGUUCGGACGCAGCGUGUCUCUGAAAGAACUGAAAAAUUUGGACGAGAAGGGGCAACUGUUCUCUAGAAAUUUGGACUGCGCGGUAGCUAAAGACACGGUUGUCGUGCCAAAAUUCGGAGCUGUGGCUAUUAGGUUCAAAGCUGAUAAUCCAGGUUAUUGGAUGCUGCGAGACGAACACGCAGCUGAUUGGACUCGUGGAUUGGACGUGGUUCUUCAAGUAGGAGAGACGAGCGAUAUGGUAGCUGCCCCCGACGACUUCCCGAAAUGCGGAUCUUUCGUCGGGCCGGACUACUUCCUUAUAUAGACUGUUAGCCACUUAAGAAUCGUCUGUAUAUAAUUGUAAAUAGACACAUGGAGACUGAAAGUAUAUACGCAUUGGCAAAGACUUAAUUUCAUUACUAACUACUUGCUUAUUUUUUCUAAUAAAUCAGCUGCAUAUCACAGUUUCUCGCUCUUCAUUUAUUAAUUUUGUAAU